UGCUGGAUUUGGAUUGAUAAUCUGGUUUCCAAAACGCGACUUCUAUCCAAAAUGGAUGCAACGGAUAGGGCAGUAAUCGUCCGGGCCAUACUCAACAACAAUUCUGACAAUUACCUUUACGACUAUCUUACCCGGCGAGAAGAACAAUCUUCUUUUACGGAAGAUUGCCGACUUGAGCACGAUGGUUAUUUGGCCACUCUUCAGAAAAUUGUGAACUAUGAAGCCAACGCAAAGAUCGCUGUCAUUACAGAUAAGUUUGAGGCUUACGACUUUCCAAACUUUCACCUAACAAGCACAUCUUAUGGCUGUUCUUGUGAUGAACUUCUGGUUCGGUGGAAGAUCGGUUUGGGCUUAGCCAAGCAAGAGCAUCUUAUGGCUGUUCUUGUAGAGAAAAAGUCAGCGGCUGUUUCUGGAUUUUGGAAGAGAAUUGAUGAAGAGCGAAAACAGAGGGAAGAAGAAAAAGCUGCAGUACGAACGGCUUCGUUAGGGCACCUUAACAUUAUCGGUCGGGCGCAUACCACAUACGAGCCCCGAAUACGCAGGAAUUUAGUUACACGAGACAGCGAUGACGUUUUAGGUGAGCAGAACAACCAAGAGAAAGUCGAAGUUAUUAGAGAUGUCAAAAGGGAAUCUAAAACCAAUGGCUCACUCGUUUCCUCGGUGGUUAUGCGAGAAGUCUCAAGUUCGUUUUUGCCAAAACAACCAAGAGAUGAGGAAGCCGAAGUGCUGUCUGCUUCCGUAACAAAAAACAUAAUGUCACCUCCAAGGCCUACAUAUAACGUAUCAAAGCCUUCUCCUGUGGUGCGUGGCAAGCGAAAAUUAAGGAAUUUGCCGGAAGAUAGGCCACAUUUGAGAAUUCGUUUGCACGAAUGCGAAUCAUCUGAUAGCGAGCACGAGGAGGAUGAUGAUGGGGAGGAUUUUAGCAGCAGCUCGGAUGACAACGGCAAUGAUAUUGGCAUCAACUUUGACUCAAAUAUCUUCACAGAGAACAAUGAGAAAGGAGGAUGGAUGUUAGAGACUGGGAAAAGAUAUUGA